CAUCCCAUCACACCAAGAUGUCUUGCUACGACCUGUGCCCACCCAAAACCAGCGUUGCCGUGCCCCAGCCCAUCGCUGAGAGCUGCAACGAGCUGUGCGCGCGCCAGUGCCCCGACUCUUCAGCCUUCAUCCAGCCACCACCCGUCGUCGUCACCUUCCCCGGCCCCAUCCUCAGCUCCUUCCCCCAGCAAGCCGUGGUGGGCUCCUCCGGAGCACCCGCCUUUGGGGGCUCCCUGGGGCUGGGGGGCCUCUACGGCGCCGGGGCCACUCAGGGCUCAGGCGGCCUCUGCACCUUUGGCAGACCCUACGCUUCUCCUGCCUGCAGCCCCUGCGCCUUGCCCCGCUACAGCAGGAAGCUCUGGGACACCUGUGGGCCCUGCUAAACUCAGGCGCUGCCUGCUCCCAGCCCCACCAGCAUCAACUCAUUCCUGAAUGCUGGUCCUGCAGUGCUGAGGAGUGCUGAGCAUCUCCAAGAGUGGCUAAGGCCCAAGCAACUGGCAGUGCUGGCACCUUUGCAUGCUCGGCCCACGUCUCCUGCCCAUUCCUCUUCUUCCAUGCACUCCAAUAUGAAUCUGA